AUGACGCAGACAGCUUUUGUCACCGGCGCUACGGGUCUGCUGGGCAGGCAGAUCGUAAAGCGGUUCCAGGAUCCGGGAAGGGACUGGACCGUCAAGGGAUCGGGGCUAAGCAGGGCGGAUGGGGCGACUGUCCUCCGCGUUGACUUGGGCAAGGAAGCAGAGGUGGAAGCCUCACUGGACAGCGUGAAACCCCAAGUCGUGGUACACAGCGCAGCCAAUCGCUUCCCCGACAAGGUCGACAAGGACCCCGAGGGCACGCGCGCGCUCAACAUCGCCGCCACGCGCACCCUCGCCCGGCUCUGCGCCGCCCGGUCCAUCCUGCUCAUCUACAUCUCGACAGACUACGUGUUCGCGGGCCGCGAAGGCGAGGCCCCUACGAGGCCGACGCCGUGCCCUCGCCCACGAACCUGUACGGGAGACGAAGCUCGAGGGGAAAAGGCGGCGCUGGAAGAGUUUAAGGCGGCGGGGAAGCAAGGGUGGGGCGUGGUGCUGCGCGUCCCCGUGCUGUAUGGCGCGGCCGAGGUGCCUGAGGAGAGCGCCGUCAAUGUGCUCCUCAACGCCGUGUGGGCGGGCCAGCAGGGGAAGCAGACGAAGAUGGAUAAUUGGUCUGUGAGGUAUCCGACCAACACGGAGGAUGUGGCGAGGGUUGUGGCUGACGUCGCGACAAAGUAUCUCGCGACCGAGGACAAGUCGGCGCUUCCCCGGAUCCUCCAGUUCUCAAGCGAGGAGCGCACGACCAAGUACCAGAUCUGCGAGCUCUUUGCGCGCAUCAUGGGCCUGCCCACGGACAACAUAGUGCGGGCUGACGAGGGCAAUGAUCCCAACGCGAGCGUCCAGAGGCCGUAUGACUGCCACUUGAGCACCAAGGCCCUCAAGGACUUGGGUAUCAAGGUCGACGCCGUCCCGUUUGAGGAGUGGUGGAGAAGUGAGCUUCGAUUUAGGAAGUGA